AAGCAAAACACCUAUUAAUAUUAAUUAAAAUGCGGUUAAUAGCAGUAACCAUAACUUUCUGAAGAAGCACUCCGUUUCUAGUAUCCUUCCUUCAAUAGUUCAACUGUUCUAGCCAGCCCUUAAAAGUUGCAGCGGCCGUUAGAAGCAUAAUAAAGGGCACGAGAAUAGAGAAGAAAUCCGCUUGAAGGUAGAAGAAAUAGGUGCUCCGAUUUUCCAACGUUCACCCGUCUUAUCAGAUUCCUCUUUGACCAUAACUGGACCUCAGAAUGUGGGAAUGGAGUGAGGACUUUUCUCAAGGUGACGACACCAAAACAGACAUACCAAAGUUCCUAUUGAGCCAAGAUGAAGAUCUUUCCUUCAUGUUUGAUGAUGAAGAAACUACUCCAGUCAAGUCAUUUGGAGAUUUCCCUUACCACUUUAGCAGUGGUGAAAACAGUGAUAAGGAACCAUCAUCUCAAGCAAAAAGGCGCCGAAUGCUAGAGUUUGGAUCAGAAGGCCUGGACUCCCUUGGCAUUGUGGGAAUGCCAUCUGCAAUGAUGAAAUCAACGGUUGCUUACAAAGAGGCUGAAAAGUCAAAGUCAGAAGUAUCCCAAUGGGUUUCAGAAUUUGCUGAUAUGUCUGCAUCCAGUAAUGAGAACCUGGAUCAAUCAUCUGAGAGAUGGAUUGCUGAGUGCUUUAAUGAUGCAGAGAUGCACAUCAGUCCUGGAAAUCUGAAUAGUGGUGUGUCUGCUGAUGAAACAUCAGAUGUUCAGAGUGAGUUUUCCAACAAACAUCUUGAGAGUGAGGUUAAUGCUGUACCUCAGAAGCUUCAUCCUAUUCGAACUCGAAGAAAUAUAAUCUUUAAAGGUAGGAAAUCGAAUAUCCAGACUCCUAAGGUCACCACAUCUGUGGUCUAUCCAUUUGAUUUUGUUAAACCGUGUGGUGCUCAUGGAGAUGUGACUCUCAAUGAUAUAAACAAACGCAUUAGGACUCCAACAUUGCCCAAGAAAACUGAAAAGGCUGCGGUUGUGUACCCCAUGUCUGCUUUUUCGGGCAAGCCAGUUGUCGGGAAGACUAAAAUCCGUACAGAAGGAGGUAAGGGCAGCAUUACUAUUAUGAGAACCAAAGGGUAGGCCUCAUACUGACAUUCCAAUAUAUUCAUUUUAAAAGGAUGUUACUGUGUCUUGUAUCUAUGAACACCGUCAAUAUAGAACUACAAAAUUUAUUUAUUUAUUAAUGUAUAGCUUCGUUCUCUUUGUUCGUUUA